UGUGCAGUCCCCUUUCUUAGAUAUAAAAGAUAAAGCGUACAGARUGCUUCUAAAUAAAUAUGGGACUCACUUGACKUACUCACCAACUGUAUUAUCAACGAUUAUCACGGAGGAUUUUUCACAAGAAUGUCAACAACAACGCGAAUAUGAAAACGUUAUUUUUCAGGUUGAAACAGAAAAUGUGGACUCAUUAAUUGGAGCUGCAAGGAUUCUUCAGGAAAAGAGGGCUUUUGCUCUGGAGAUUAUCCCACACUAUGAUUCAUGGGAAAAUUUACUUUAUAAUAUAAGAGAAGUUAUCAGCAAAGUCCAAAUUUCAGUCUCCUGUAAAAUAUGUGUUGACCUGGUUGACACCUCCAAAGCAGUGAAGAUGGCUGAAAAGCUUCAUCGUGCUGGCUGUAAGAUUGUAUUACUACAUUGUCGCUCUGGAACAACUGCGUCAAUUUUCCUGAGAAAGCACUGGGAAACUAUCAAGAAAAUCAGGGACUCUAUAUCARUAGAAACUGUUUUGGUAGAAAUUCAGUGCUCUUCUGUAAAAGAGGCCCAAGAUUGCAUUAAUUUUACAGGAGUCCAAGGUGUUGCUGUUGCAGAUCCAUUGUUGUGGAACCCAUCCUUUUUUCAUGGCAAGAGAAUAUCAACAGUUGACAUGAUCAAAGACUWUGUCAACCUCGGCAAAGACUGUCAUUCACAGCUCACAAUAGUUAAAGAAAACCUGGACAAAUUCAGUGGAUAUUUUUUAAAAAGAUUCCCAAGUGUAAAAGAAAGCAUUGAGGUUGCAACAACAUUUGACAAUAUCUUGKCAGCAAUAGAUUCUUUGAAUCAAGAAAUUGCUCAACUUUCUAAAAAGAAAUUAAAAGGAUUUGAAAAGCUACAGCAAAAGAAGGAGAGACAUCGGAUAAACAAGCUGAAAAGAAAAAGAUUAAAUCAAGAAGCUUUAACUGACAAUCAAGGUGACAGCUUUUGUUCACCUCAAGAAGACUUCCAGUCAAAGAGAGACAUUAAAGAAGAUCGAAGACACAGAGUUCUUGCCGCAUUGGAGUCAGGGCAAAGGGUUGCUAUAGACCURAGUCUUGAAGAACAUAUGUCUGAUAAAGAAAUCACAAAAGUAGCAGGGCAAGUCAGACGUUUGUAUGGUUCUAACUUACGUGCUUCACAACCAUUUCAUCUUUACUUCACUGGUCUUGAUAAGAACAAUAAAAUCCUACAAGAAUGUCGACGCCAAAAUAAUGGAUUUGAUAAUUAUCUGGUCGACAGAAGAGAAGAACACGUAAAAGAACUUUUCGAUUCAGAUUCCGUGGUAUACCUUAGUCCAGAUUCACCAAAUAUUUUAAACAAAUUAGAUAAAAAUAAUGUUUACGUCAUUGGAGGAUUGGUUGAUCAUCAAGUUUUAAAGGGAGUUUCACUCACUAAUUCUGAUAAAUCACACAUCAACACUGCACGGCUACCAGUAGACGAGCACAUGGAGGCUACUACGCGUUCUGGAAACCAUAGUUAUUCCAGAGUAUUGGCAAUAAAUCAGGUGUUUGAUAUUCUCCUGAAGUAUCACGAAACACAAGACUGGCGUGAAGCUCUUUUGGUUGGUGUACCCAAACGAAAAGGUUUUAUACCUAGGAUAGCACAAGCUACAACGAAACAAGCGCAAUGACGAAACACUAUAAUUUUAUAUMUUUAUUCACAAAACUGUUCUACAAGCGAGGGAUAGUUUGACUUUUCUGUUCAAAUAAUAUAACGACUUGAUUGUGUUCUUUAUCUCUUUCAAAUAUGUUGCCAUUCACGAGAUUGUAUUUCACGAAACUGAACUAAAAUUAUAAAAUGAA